AGUACCUAGUAUAGUAAUACAAGCAUGUUUUGACCAAUGUUUUUGGUCGAAUUGUUUUUCGGUCCAAAAAUCGAAAGUGUAAUAAUUAGUUAUCUUAAGUGUAAUAUUAUUAAUUUAAAGAUAUUAAUAUAAUCAUCGAUUACCACUCGUAUUAGAAAAACUAAAAAUGUCUGUCCAUUGGAGUUCUGAAUUGAUGAAAUGGGAGUAUCGCGAACUUCAAGCUACAGCGAUGUCCGUGGAUUUCUCAGGAAACAAUGUGCUAUUAGCAGGCAGGAGAUGGUUGGCCAUCAAACAAAUCAGCUUAGAAGAUGACGGUGGGGACAUAGUAAAAAAGUAUCCGCGGCAUAGCAAGUAUGACGCUGCUGGGGCAGAAUGGUGCCAGACAUAUCAUGGACAAAAGCUCUGUGCCAUUGCGAGCAACCAGAGAGUUGAUGUUUACGAGUGGCGUGCUGGAAAUGACUUGACCUGUAUAUGCUCCCUUCGUGGGCACACACGUGUUGUCAGUGACACCCACUUCCAUAGACAGGACCAUAAUUUGAUAGCUACCUGCUCCAUCGAUACCUUUACUCAUUUGUGGGAUUUAAGAGAUUCUAGAAAACCGGUUGUAUCCCUAUCUGCAGUUGCUGGUGCAUCACAAGUGCAGUGGAAUAAAGUGGCUACUCAUGUUGUAGCCACUGCACAUGAUGGUGAUAUCAAAAUUUGGGACUACCGUAAAAACACAUCACCCAUCCACUACAUAUCGGCACACCUUUGUAAGAUACAUGGAGUUGAUUGGAGUCCCCACCAUGAGUACCAACUAGUUACUUCUAGUCAUGAUGGAAGCAUUAAAUACUUUGAUAUAAACAAUGGAAGACGUCCAGAAAAUAUUAUAAUGACAAAUUUCCCUGUAUGGAGAGCUAUUUAUACUCCUUUUGGUAGCGGUUUAUUAACUAUUGGUGUAGGCUGGGGCGGCUUGCCAAGGGCUGAGCAAGCGGGAGUGAUUGGUAUAUGGGUGGGAGGCUCCUUGACACAAAGAUUAGUUGGUCACACAGAUACUGUACAGACCAUGGUGUGGAGACCUAACACUUCACCAUCUAAUUACCAAUUAGUCACAUGGGGCCGAGACCAGACAUUACGGCUAUGGACCAUGCAUCCAUCACUACUGAAGAUGUGUAAUCAUUACCUGCCAGAUGAUGAUGACAAUGAUGAUGGAAACAAUAGUGACUGUAAGUUAAAAUCAACAAGCUAUUCAUCUAUAAUUGGUUCAAUGAAUGAUGUCUCGCUGGAUAACAAAGGUCAAGACAUUCAAAUGAACAAGCUUUCUCACAAAUCCCCCACAUCAAUAGAUGAAGAAUUUGAAUCAAUUCGUGAAAUGGCCAACAUUGAAGUGACACACAUGAACAUCGACACUCGGACUUGUCAGAUACACUCUGAACGCAAUGGGUACACAGCUAAUCUGCAAGUGGUUUUCCCAAGAAAUGUUACUGAACAAACCAUACCGAAAUUCUCUUGGCUCACAGGCACAAAUGUUGAUAGCGCAACCACUAUAAAAAUUCUUCAGGCCCUUAAUAAAACUGCUUACAAAAAGAAGAAAGAGGGACAUAGAUGUUUGUUGCAUUGCUUGAAGACACUGGCAACAUCUAUUGAUGAGAUCCCUGUUAAGUCAAGUGACGACACGGACUCUAUGAAAUCUAGCCAAAGAAGUCAAUCGGAAAGCGAAAACGCGGGAGAUGCAUGCAUCCCAUUCCCGCGCACAUGUGGAGCUAAAUGGUGCGGAGUGAGCACACUAGUCGUAUUCAACCGACCGCCAAACGCUAGACGGUUAUCUUUAAAACACGAGACUGGGACGCCUCGCUCAAUGUCUUCGUUAUCAUUAGCGCCGACGAUCUUCGGCACUGGAUAUAGCUCUGUUUCGCCUCAUGCCACCACGACUCCUUCGCCGACAAAUGCAUCUGGCUUUCCGCAGUUGCAUCAUAGACAUGCUUCCAAUUCGAUAACAACCUUCUACUUCCAGGACAGAUGGAAAGCGCAAGGUCGCCGCGCCGGUAGCAUGCGCAGUCGCGGCAGCAUCUCCGGCUGCGGCGCGCCGCGCGUGCUGCUGUACUCCGCCGCUGAUCUGUUCCCACUGAGACGCUCCCUCGCUGAAAAGUAUGUCAUCGACGCAGAAGAUCCCGUGGUUAUGUGCGAGAAGAACGCCAAAAUAGCAAUGGAGGAAGAGGAGUGCGAGUUAUCUCAAGCAUGGGAGCUGACCGCACUGGUGGCCCGGUCGCUGCGAUCGAGAGUGGUGGACCACUUGGCCUCCAGCGAGGAAACCAUGGGCUGGGUGGGCCAUCCGCUGUGCUGCAACCUGCUGCAGUCAUUAAUUACCCACUACGCCAAAAGUUCAGAUCUGCAAAUGGCAGCUAUGUUGGCAUGUGCCUUUUCUGUAUUCAACGACGCUAGUAAUUCAAGUUCGCAGUCUACAAUCAGCACUUCUAGUUGUGGUAACGGCACCUCACCCUACAGCACUGUAAACCAAUACAGCGAGAUCAGCGCCGACGGCUGGACGCUCCCCAUUGUAUUACGAAGCAAUUCCUGUUCCGAAGCGGAGAACUUUUAUACAGACUCCACCAUUUCUAAAUCAGAAAGAACGACCGCUUGCGUGCUGGACGAAGCGACUGUUCAUUUGUAUCAUUGCUUCAAGAGAGUCUAUGCUGAUAUUUUGUUUAGAUGGCAGUUAAUAUAUAAAAAGACUGAGGUGUUAAAACUAGUGCAGUGCAAGUCGUCCGGCGCGGCCGCGUGGUCGGGCCCGACGCUGUGCGCGGAGUGCGCGCGCUGCGGGCGCGCGUGCGGCGGCGCCGUGUGCGCGGCGUGCGGCGAGCUGGCGCUGCGCUGCGCCGUGUGCGCGCUCGGCGUGCGCGGGCUGGCCGCCGCGUGCGCCGCCUGCGGCCAUGCGGGCCACGCCAGCCACAUGAUACACUGGUUCACGACACGAGACACGUGCCCCACGGGCUGUGGCUGCAAGUGCAGCAUCGAAGGCAACAACGUGUGGAAGGGAUCCAAGUACGUGUGACAUUGUUGUGAACCAACUUAUAUAUUGUGCUUAAUAUGGACUCUUGUGGAGUCAACACAGAGUUUAUGAUUUCAUAGACAUUCUAUAUCUCAAUAUCCGUUCGUUGUUGUCAGGUAAGACCUAGUUAGAAAAAAAAUGGUGAGAAAAAAUAUUUCUCAUUUUAUUACAUACCAUUUCUUGCAUAGUUUGUAACUUAAAUCUUCAAACAUAUAACCACAGUGUAGUAAUUUACCUCAGCUUCUUAUAAUUGAUAAAUGUACGUUUUAAUCUAUUUGAUUUGAACAAUGUCUUCCAUUUUGUAUCGUAUCAUUAGUACUAUUUCUGCUUACACUCACUUAAAUUAUAUAUACGAAUGGAUAUUAUGAUAUAGAUAACUUCAUUAUACGGGUGCCGAUAUAUUUAAAUGAUUUAUAAUUAUUUGUUAUUUUUAAUAUAAUUAAUUAAGUUAUAAGAUCUAUUAAUAUAUAUUUAAUCACUAUCUGGAGACUUAAUUUUAAAGUGUUCAUAAAUGUAAAGACUGUUAUUAUUUGUACAUUUGCAUUAAUAAAUAAGUACACAAUU